AUGCGCAUCCUGAGCGGCCAAGCACUCUCUUCACUCCAUCCACACACCCCUGAAUCGAACGAAAUGGCCAACACCGAAAUCACGAACUCAGAAACCGAAGCUAAUACUAGUAUCGCCUCCACGGACACGGUUACGGAGGCAGGGCCUCCCUUCAACAAACCUUCUGCAGACCUCAUCCUCCGCACUUCAGACAAUGUCAAAUUCCAUGUCUGGAAGUUCAUUCUCGAGGAGGUGUCCCCUGUGUUCGCCGCCAUGUUUGUCCCUGGUGCACAACCUGUUUCCUCACAGGAGAAAGACACUACCUAUCGCGACGCCGAGGACAAUCACGGACGCGGACAGGACUCGGCUACAGAUAUCCCCUUCGUACACGUUUCGGAGACUAGCACCGUCCUCCGACGCCUACUCUUGACCUUGUAUCCUCCGUCGAACCUCCAGUUCGCUUCGCUCGACGAACUGGGGCCUGUCCUUGCUGCAGCCCGCAAAUAUCAGAUGGGGGCGAUUCUCGAUUGUCUCGCAGAAGUCCUCGUCCGAGACUUCGCGAAGGCCGAGCCCUUACGCGUGUAUUGCAUCGCGACGCUAUAUGACAUACCCCUUGCUCAGAGAACCGCAGCACUCCAUUUCCUCGCUUUUUCCACCUCUGAACACGCCAAGGACUAUGACGUGGACGAACUACGGGAUAUCGACGGAAGGGCAUAUCACCGUCUGCUUUCCUGCCGUUGGCAGUGCACCGCUGCUCUCGCCGAGACCCUCAAAGAUCUCUCCUGGUUUCCGGACGACCUCUUGUUUUUCACGAACAACAAGUCCUGCAGCUGUGCCUCCGAGAAGACCACGUACGCGUUGCGCGGUCCAGACGGGACCACGGUCCAACAUAACCUCAAACGCUGGUUCUUCGCACACAUCCAGCGUAUGACCGUUGUUCUGCAAGACAAGCCAUCAAGUGACGGUCUGAAGGACCCCGCGCUGUGCGACCAGACCUUGAAGGACGCAUUCAAUUGCGGCACAUGCCGUGGGAUGGCGUUUGAGCACAUGAGGCAGUUCAUGAAGUUGCUGGAAGACCACGUUGAGGAGACGGUGUCUCAGAUCAUUACCAGCAUGUUCGGCCAUGAAUGAUGCAGUUGUUGCCAGUUCAUCAGAUAUAGCUUCACGCCAUGCUUCUAGCAUUACCGUAUAUCUAGACUUGUCUGUUUGGUGCAGCCUCGAGAAGGGGCGGCUCAUC